AUGACAAUGGAGAAUCGAGACGGAAGAAUUAGAGAGAUGGUGAAGAAACAGAGUUCAAGGUUUAAGAGCAUUUGUGUCUUUUGUGGGAGUAGCAAUGGCAAGAAAUCUAGUUACCAAGAUGCAGCCAUUGAUUUGGGAAAAGAACUGGUGACGAGGAACAUUGAUCUUGUUUAUGGUGGAGGAAGCAUAGGUUUAAUGGGUUUGGUGUCUCAAGCUGUUCAUGAUGGUGGUCGUCAUGUUAUUGGAGUCAUCCCCAAGCUCCUCAUGUUGCAAGAGAUUACUGGAGAAACAGUAGGAGAAGUAAGGGAAGUUGCAGACAUGCAUCAGAGAAAAGCUGAGAUGGCUAAGCAUUCUGAUGCUUUCAUUGCUUUGCCUGGUGGCUAUGGUACACUAGAGGAGCUACUUGAAGUGAUAACUUGGGCUCAACUUGGUAUACAUGAUAAACCGGUCGGUUUAUUAAAUGUUGACGGAUAUUAUAAUGCUUUGUUAUCAUUCAUCGACAAAGCCGUCGAGGAAGGAUUUAUUCCUCCAACCGCUAGACAUAUCAUCGUAUCCGCGCCAAACGCGAAAGAGUUGGUUAAGCAAUUGGAGGAAUAUGUGCCUCAACACAAGUAG